AUGAUCUCCACAAGCAGCACAUACGCACAUGUUCUUCACGAACUAGUCACAGAUCUGGAUCUAUCUUCAAUACUUAUCCAUCUCUAGUUUCGGGGUGCUGUCCUUGAGCUUGUCAGGAGUAUCAACCCCACUACAAAAACAGUUCAUGGGAAGGCCAGGAAACCUAAUGUGCAAGGCAGUGUAGAAGUUGCCAACAAGGAACUGAAGCAAAAGAUCACUAACUCAAUUCUUGAGCGCAGGAACAAAGCUACAGGUAGAGAAUUAGAGGAAGGGUCCAUAAACUGGGUCACUGUUCUUGGUGAUGCAAUUAGGGCUCAUAAUUCCAAAGUUGGAAGAAACGGGAUCUCACCUUAUGAAGUAGUGUUCGGAAAGAAGUUUGAUGACCCAAUGUACUCCCACAUUCCUGCUGAAGAAUUCACCAAUCUGGCGAAACCAGCUACAGUGCAUAAUCGGCUACCAGUGAUGGGUCCUCUGUUCCGUGAGAAGAUGGUGCUCACAGGUGAGCUUACUACUGAUGUAGAAGAUGAUGAAUUUGUUGUUGAAGCAGUUCCAGGACCUGCUGUAUCACCACCACCACCUGUCCAGCUGAAGAUGGCAUCAAAACCUGUACCUGUAGGACAAAAUGGAGAGCCUUUCCUACAGCCUUUUGGACAGCCAAAAAGAACCCCACCACUUCAGGGUCAGCUGAAGAGACCACCAGUGGGACAGCUGAAGAGACCACCAGUGGGACAGCUGAAGAGACCACCAGUUGUGGGACAGCUGAAGAGACCACCAGUGGGACAGCUGAAGAGACCACCAGUGGGACAGCUGAAGAGACCACCAGUGGGACAGCUGAAGAGACCACCAGUGGGACAGCUGAAGAGACCACCAGUGGGACAGCUGAAGAGACCAGGCCACUGGCCCACAGCUGAAGAGCCCACACCCUCUAUUGUCCCCCCCACCCAUCCAUGUCUGAAGAGGCACAAGUCCGAGAACCCAGACUUGGGAGAUGGUUGGACUAAAUGCUACUUGCUCUGCACCCAGUGCCAGAAGAGUAAAGGAAAACCAGUUUCCAGUCUUUGUGCCUACCAUGAUGAGAGUCUACGUUCCUACUUACCUAGAGAUGCUUGGUGGCCCACACCAUUGGUCACUAGUUUCUUAAGUCUUGUGAAUCACGGCUAUCACAAUGAAGUGACACUGCUGAUUGGAGCUGAUAGGACAAAUGACAAAUUGUUGCAGUUUGGACCAGGUACAAUAGAAAGACUACCAGACAACAUUGAAAAGGGUGUUUUCCUUCUGUUCAACGGAAACCAUUUUGCACUGGCCUGUGUAUUGAUAAAGGAGAAUAGGGUUGUCAUUUAUGAUGGUUUGGUCAGAGAUGGUUCGUCCCUCAAUCACUACAAAACAGCAGUGGGAUAUGUUCUGCAGAAGUAUGGGCUAGUACACUCCAAAAAACGCACAAGGAACUUUCUCAUUGACAGUGCAGAACAGCUGUCACCCUACAAGAAGAAGAUUGGUUCAGCCUUCAGCACAGGAAUGUGUACACUGGAACGGGCUAGGCAAUUCAUACAGUUGGAUGGUUCAUCUUGUGGCCCCUUGGCAUGCUCCAAAGGGGCUGAGCUGCUUUCCUGUGGACAGCUCAUGAUUGGAAAUGACAGGGAAGCUAUAUUGGAAGAGUACAGAAGUAGGCUUCACGGAGACUCUGUAGGUGUGUUCUGGAAGCCUAAGGUCAGAGUACACUACAUCGAAGGUGAAGACUGUGAUGAUAACUACAAAACUGUGAGGGAAUGGGGCUUGUACUCUCUGAAUGGUGAGAACUUAGAGAUGGUCACUCAAAAUGCUCAGCAUAGUGCUGGCAAAGAGGCCCACAAUGAAAGUGAGGCCAUUGAGGCCAAAAACAAAAGUGAAUCCAACAGCAACAAAAGUGUGAACAAAAACGAAAGAGAGACCAAUAACCCCAUCAACAUAAGUGAGUCCAACUCCAACACCAGCAUUGAAAGUGAGUCCAACAGAAACAAAAGUGAGGCCAAUGAAUGUGAGAUCAACAAAAGUGAGACCAACAAAAGUGAGGCCAAUGAAACUGAGACCAACAACCAAAGUGAGACCCACUGUAGCAAAAGUGAAGCCAACAACAAAAGUGCGGAAGCCAAUGAAAGUGAAGACAGCCAAAGUGAAGACAACCAUCAUAAUGUAGAAGAAGACUGGGUGCUUGCUGCUAUGAAGUCUAGAAGAAGUGACUUCAAUAGAAGGCUAGCAGUGGUGAGGCAGAGAGAACAGGCAAAACGACACAAGGACCUUUAUGAAAACAGCAUCCAAGUGAAGUUAGGUGACACAGUUUGUGUCAAAGUUGACAAAAGGGACAGGACUUCAACUCAUUCUAUAAGAGUCAUGGGUGUGGUUGCUGAUAUUUUGCCUACUAAGGCAGUGCUUGUGGUAACUCAAAAUGGGGUCAUUGGCAGGGGACGUGGCAGGCGGAAAAGCCCUACCUAUAUAUCUCCAGAAGAUUGGGAGCAUAGUGAUGCUGCACUGACCACCGUUCUUAAAUUGGCCAAAAGUGAAAUCCUUGAGGACAGGUUUGAGAUGAAAGACUACUCCGUCUGUAGCUUUCAGGAUGCCUACUCUUUUGAGACCAAGACUACCAGAAGGGCAAGACCACGGAAGAUCCAAAAAUGCAAUUGCAAAUCAACUGCUACUGCUUGCAGCUCCAAUCGUUGUUCUUGUAGGAAGAGAAAGCAUGUUUGUACCUCGAGCUGUGGGUGCCAAGGGACAUGUUUCAAUGGAGUAGUCAAACAAUGGUGA